UUGCGGAAUGCGCGAAUGCUUUGCGGCACAGCUUCCCAUCUGUUGCGCUAGCAGCCGACGCAGUAUCGGCCUAGCAUGAUGCUUCGUUUUGCCCCGUACGUCUGAAAGUCGCGCGCGCACAGCGAAGGCUGAAGUGGCUGAAGCGGCCUUACUACCACUUCGUGAGCUUGUCCGCAGCGAAAGUCGGACUGUAAGCCUAUUCGACGGGUCAACGGAGCCAGUCUCUCCGGUCCGCAGAGCGAGCGCCGCAUAUGGAUCGCUCCGUAGCGAACCUCGGCUAGCUUUCCAUCGAUCUUGAGCCACUGCCGUGCGAACAGUAGCGUCGAACACGAGUACAGGACUGUUGCUUUCCAAGAUGACGAGCUCGGAAACUCUGCACAUCCUCGAAAGGAGGGACUCAGAGAAGAGUCAAGACAGCACAACAGAAACCAAACGCCUUGUACUGGUCGAUGCCCAGCCACUGUUUGAGACCAGCAACCUAACACAGACCAGUUUCAACUACAUCAACAGCAUCAUCGGCUCCGGUGUCGUAGGGAUUGCCUACGCACUCAAAGAGGCUGGAUUCGCCAUGGGAGUGAUACUGCUGAUCACCUUUGCCGCUAUCACCGACUACUCCCUCUGCAUACUUAUCAAAGCAGGAAUUUCUACUGGCACUGCCACAUAUCAGGAUCUCGUUCAGUCGGCGUUUGGGCUACCCGGAUUCUACAUAUUGACAUUUAUGCAGUUUAUGUACCCUUUCAUAGCAAUGAUCAGCUACAACGUCAUCAUAGGAGACACUAUCACCAAAGUGUUCAUGCGGAUUUUCAAGGUGUCGACAGACAACGUCCUUGGAAAUCGCCACUUUAUUGUGAUCAUGACUUCCUUGUUUGUGACUCUGCCAUUGUCCCUGCACAGAAACAUCUCCAAACUGAACAAGGCUUCUCUGACGUCCCUUCUUUUCAUUCUCGUAAUCCUUGUUUUUGUCAUCGUUCGAAUGAUGACACUUGUGCACGAGAUACCACCAUCUCCAGAGUCUUUUGGUUUUGCCAAUAGAGGUAUCACAAAGGCAAUUGGUGUAAUAGCAUUCGCCUACAUGUGCCACCACAACUCGUUUCUGCUCUUCGCCGCACUGAAGGACCCCACUCAGCGACGGUGGAACAGGGUGACCCACGUGAGCCUGGCGCUCUCCUGCUUCAUCAUCCUCCUCUUUGGCAUCGGUGGUUACGUCUCCUUCACCUACUACAGCCAAGGGGACCUGCUCGAGAACUACUGCAUGGAUGACGACUACGCCAACGUGGCUCGGCUGAUGUUUACGGUGACCAUCAUGCUGACAUAUCCCAUUGAAUGCUUUGUCACCCGUGAGGUUCUGGACAAUGCCUUUUUUGUGAACAGAUUCCCUUCAAAUCUGGUACGCCACAUCGUCAUGACAGUGCUGAUUGUCCUGGCCUCGUUUGCAUUCUCAACUCUGACCGACUGCCUUGGCAUCGUCUUGGAGCUCAACGGCGUGUUGGCAGCGAUCCCCCUCGCCUACAUCCUGCCCGCUGCCACGUACCUCAAGUUGGAAAACGGACCCCUCCUCUCGUGGUCUAAGUUCCCGGCGCUCAUGCUGGCCGUGUGCGGGGCCGCCGUUGCCGUCUGCGGCACCGUCGUGGCGUUUGUCGACAUCCACAACGGCAUCACCUGCAGUCAUGGUGCAGACAUGCCCUACUGCCAGCGACCGGAGGCCAACGUCACUGGUCUAUGAACGGGGGCACCGUCCUCGCCUCGUUCUGCCGGUGUCACCGCCGGAGCUUCGUCUCAGACGCAGCUGCGACAAAAGAGACGAUCAUUUCGGAGAUUUUGCGCACACAAUACCUUUCCGUCUGUCGCGAGUGAAGGCAGACGGGUUUGUAAGGGCUGUUACGUACAUUAUACGGUUCCUUACUUGUUGCAAGAAAUGCGGGCAGCUUGGUUUACAAUGUCUUUCUUAGAGGCCGGUCAAUCGGAAGUUGGUGGAAGCGGAUUUAACGAGCGUAGCAUUUCGAGGAAACCCCCAUCUUAUUGUGUCAGUGUUCUUGCAAGUUCUGCAAAUUGUAAGCUCGCCUGUGUAGACCUGUAGCCCCUGUCAAAGCCUGUAGGAAGGAGCUAGAGUUUUAUUAAGCUUGUCUGCCCAAUCUCGAAGCUGUCUUUCUCUGCGAUUUGUUCCUUGGGAUGACGUUGCAGCUGUGCAGGUUAACAGAGUAUAGCCCUUUGCCAAAGAGAGCGAGAUAUGCAUCUACUUGUUACAUUUUGCUUGCACCCUAUAGUUUAUACAUACUAGUACAGGUAUCGAGGUGAGCUUGAUUUUGUUACUGUUUAAAAGCGUUUUACACUCUGUGCCCAAAUCCUUGUGGCCAAACGGCAUCCCCAUGUAAACACUUGCAUAUCUUGCUAUUGACUGGUCAUGAGUGCACCUAAUCUUGACGCCACUUGAAGGCACAGUGGUCCAAGAGUGGUUGUGAGUCUUUCAAGCCUCUGCUAGGCAUUUUACAGAAGGCAUCUAUUGCGAGUUGCACUCCUUAUGCAUUUUGACUCUUUUUUUUUUCUGAGCCAAUGCAAUCACUGAGAUUAGUUCCUAUAUUUAUAUUAUGGUAUACAUUUAGGGGUGUUUUGUUCUGUCAAUUUUCCUGCUGACAUGAUCAGGGAUAUUCCAUAAUAGAAGUUGUUGUUAUAAGUUCCAGGAAAGUUUUGCAUUUAUGAGUGAUUCUCAGGAAGCCCUACACUGUCUAGAACUUUCCUUCUAGGCAGCAAUUUUCAGUUGAUUUGACAAAAAGCUUUCAGCUUGCGCAUAUUCCUGAUAGCACUGGUACCAGAAGAGUUUGUUGUGCUAAAUGCUGCUACCUACUUUCAAUACAACAUUAACUACAGAAGCAUCUCUUGCUUAUCAGAAUUUUGCAAGCAGUGAUUGUGUGUGCAUGUGUUGUACAUUGUUAGAUAUUCAAUUCUUUAGGUGUUAUUUAUUGUCACAUUGUACCUUUUACAAUACAUACUUUUGCUUGAACCUGCUUAGAAACAUAUACCUGUGUACUGCAAACAGCCUGUCUACUCUCCCAAACUUUAUGAGGAAUACUGCCCAUUAGCACCUAACUUUAUGCUCGAUAAAAAUGUGCGUGUAGUGCACACAAAAUCUUGACCUACAUAUAUAGCAUUGCAAACUCUAUAAACCCCAGUAAUCAUUUGAGUUACAUAACCAUUUACCGAAUUACUAUGGAAGAAAUACAAACAAAUUGUACAUAAUCAAAUACAUUGGAGAGGAGCGCCAUUUUCUGGAUCACCUGUGGCCCCAUAUCAUGCAGAGCCCAAAAAAAGAUCAUUGCAUUGCUCCAUGUGGUAAUGCUUAAAAAAGUACAGUUUUUAUUGAAUCUGCAAUACUAAGAUUAGGAGUGGCAAUGAAGAUAAAACAGAAAGCCAGUUUAAGAAAACACCCCAGUGUUUUCUUUAGUGAGCAAAGCAUUUCCCUACCUGCACUGGAACAGAAGGAAUAGUAUUUUAUUAACAGCUUUAUGUCGCAGAGCGACUAAACGAUUUUUGAAGAUUCCAAGAUGAAGGGUCUGCCUGGAGCUCAAACUCUGAACCUUUUGUUAUAGAGGCCAAAGAGAGACCUGGACACCACUGAGAUGAUCGUCGACAAAAUAAUUAUGCAAACGUUGUAUACAAAGACAUCAUACAAGAUACAGAUGUUCCUUUCCUAUUACAGAAGGUUUAGUCACGUAAUGCCAUCACUUGCAAUGCAGGUUAUAACGAAACUCCAGCAGAACUUCGAAAAGAAAAAUAAAUCAGAAACACAUCUCUUCCCACUUUUUGCUGAUGAUGUUAAUGUUUUAAAUACACGUAGUGCAACGUGUAGGACUGACUGCUUCUGUGCAUACAUCAACAUUCCAAAGAUAACUUCCUAUACUGCAGUACUACCUCUGAAAACCCUAGUGUCCAAAUGUCACAUAUACAUACUGUUCUUGUAAAUUGGUUGUGAAACCUUGUGCUUGCUUUUAAGAUUGUUCUUUAAACCCUGCGUUCUCAAAGGGGAUUCUUAGAAAGCAUAAAAUACCUCUCCAUUCUAGGCAAAUCAUGCAUUAUGCACUGUUUUAUUGCAAAAACCACCAAGAUUAAAGGAGGAGGUUUUCCUCAGCCAUCCUUCAAGAUGGCUAGAGUACAAGAGUUCCUUCUGACCCAAACAUUUCAGUUCCCAUCCUUUCAAACUACUAGUACCCCUACAACUUCUAACACCUACUUAGUGUGCAAUAGCUGCCUGGCUUUCUACAAAGCAAUCAAUGUUACCCCAGUCACAAAACUUCUAUGAAGCAAAAAAUAAAAUGUUACAAAUACU